AGUGUCGGCCUGAAAACGAGAGGCAUGGGGGGUAAAACGACGUCAGAUUAGGAAUUCUACAACAAGAAUGGCAAUCAUUAAAACGGAAAAGCAAAGAGCGUCAUCGCAGGGACAGAGAACAACAUUACAAAAAAGAGCAAAAAGUCGAAUUUUCAGAUAGCUGUUCGUCACAUCCUCUCUCUCACCUAGGUCACCGAUUACUCUCUCUAUUUCACAUUUUACUCGUAAUCCACAAAAUCUGGAAGUUUUUUCUUCUAAUGCCCUCGCUUUGGAGAGGCAAUGGCUGUCAAGAGGGGAUUGUCGGGUACAGGCAACAGAAGCGGCAGUGAAUCUCUGUCAUGGAUGGUGAUUCUUGUCUCCUUUUCACUGCUUGCACCGUUGAUUUUCUUUGUCGGACGAGGAGGACUCUAUACUUCAACAUUGAUUGGUCAAAAUGAUACUUUAACUGGUCCUCAUAAAGAGAACAUAGAGUGGAGAGAAAGGCUUGCAUUGCAAGAUGUUAAAUCUCUCUUCUCAAAAGAGGUGAUUGAAGUCAUCACAGCCAACACAGAUGAUUUGGUACCUCUGAGUCUUGAUUUUUUGAGAAAAAACAAUUUGUCUUCCUCUUGGAAAAUUGUUGGGGUGGAAACUGUAGUUGAUAAUAAUGCCACUUUUGUUGAGCAAAACCAAAUAGUUCCAAACAUCAAACAAUCAACCCCUAGAGGCAAACAGGAUGAUUCUACAGAUGAUCGUUCUCAAUUUGUUGAUACACCUGCAAAAUUACCAAGAAGGCAAUUGAGAGAGAAUAUACGUGAAAGCCGUGCAGCUGACUUACUAAAGCAAGACGAAGAAGUAAAUGUAAAGCUUGAAAAUGCAGCCAUUGAACGUUCCAAAUCAGUUGACUCUGCAGUUCUGGGAAAGUAUAAUUUAUGGAGGAAAGAAAAUGAGAACGAGAACUCUGAUUCAACUGUACGCUUGAUGCGAGAUCAAAUCAUUAUGGCAAGGGUAUACAUAAGCAUUGCAAAUAUGAAAAAUAAGUAUGACUUGGCCGAAACCAAGGAAGAGAUAGACUCCAUGUCUAUCCUGUUCUUAUGUUUAUGGUUGUGGCACUUUUCAUUUUAUUGUGAACAAAAAAUGUCAUACAGUGCACCCGAGAAAAUCAAAACUAUGGGCCAACUGCUCUCAAAAAUUAGAGGGCAACUGUUUGAUUGCAAAGUAGUCACUGGAAAGCUGAGAGCAAUGCUUCAGUCAGCAGAUGAACAAGUUAGGAGCUCAAAGAAGCAGAGUACAUUCCUGAGCCAGUUAGCGGCCAAGACUAUUCCAAAUGGAGUGCACUGCUUAUCCAUGCGCUUAACCAUUGAUUACUAUCUCCUCCCACCAGAUAAAAGAAAGUUCCCCAAGAGUGAGAAUCUGGAAAAUCCAAAGCUAUACCAUUAUGCACUUUUCUCUGACAAUGUCUUGGCUGCAUCAGUUGUUGUCAAUUCAACCAUUACGAAUGCGAAG